GACCCCUCCGGGGCCGCCGUAGUGCGUCGCCGCCGUCGCCAUGGAAACCCCGACCCCGCCGGAAGUACUUGUUCCAGCCCUUCAGUGCGGGGAGACUCGUUUCCCGCCGGCGGGAGCUGUAUUUAUCGUGGCGGCGGCUGCUGCAGCGUCAGAGACGGAAGUUGGGGAUUGUCGAACUCCAUCGCUAUGGCGGACCAGCUCUACCUGGAGAACAUCGACGAAUUCGUCACGGACCAGAACAAGAUAGUGACCUACAAAUGGCUCAGCUACACACUAGGGGUCCAUGUUAACCAGGCCAAACAGAUGCUAUAUGAUUAUGUUGAAAGGAAGAGAAAGGAAAAUUCAGGAGCCCAGCUAAAUGUCACCUACUUGGUGUCGGGGAAUCUCGUUCAGAAUGGAAACUCUUGCCACAAGGUUGCAGUAGUGAGAGAAGAUAAGCUGGAGGCCGUGAAGUCCAGGCUGGCUGUGACUGCCAGCAUCCAUGUGUACAGUGUCCAGAAAGCAAUGCUCAAGGACAGUGGGCCUCUGUUCAACACCGACUAUGACAUCCUCAAAACCAACCUGCAGAGCUGCAGCAAGUUUAGUGCUAUUCAAUGUGCAGCUGCUAUCCCCAGAGCCCCUGAUGAAAUUUCCCUUUCAGAGAAAUUUGGACAGGCUGAUCAUCAGACAUCAAAUGAGGGCCUACCCACUGGUGGGCCUACCACCAAUGGCCAUGUUCCGCCUGCUACCAAACAGACAUCACAGCAUCCCAAAGGAAUUAUGGGAAUGUUUGCCUCCAAACUGGCUUCAAAAUCCCAAGACACUAACAAGGAAACUAAAAAAGAGUCAAAAGAGGCAACAAACAUGUCUUCAGCAAGCAGCAAACCACCAGGGAAAGGGAAUGUGAUGAGCAAUUUUUUUGGGAAAGCUGCUAUGAAUAAACUUAAAGUCAAUUUGGACUCAGAACAAGCAGUAAAGGAAGAAAAAACAUUGGAACAACCUCCAAUUUCUGUCGCUGAACCAAAGCUGGCAUGCACUGGAGGCCUGAAGAAACCCUACAAGAAAGUAGAGCCUGUUAAAAUGCAGCAAAAGGAUAAAAAAAGUAAGGGAAAGCGGACUGACCUCUCGGAUGAUGAAGUAAAAGAAACUGAAAACCUGAAGAAAAAGAGGAGAAGAAUUAAGCUUCCUGAAUCAGACAGUAGUGAAGAUGAAGUCCUGCCAGAUUCUCCAGAGGCUUAUGAAGCUGAGUCACCACCUUCAGGCCCUCCUCAGUCUCCCCUUCCUGAGCUAGCCCCAAAGACUGAGCCAGAGCCUCCUUCCAUCAAGGCCUCAAGUGGAGAAAAGAAGAGAAAACGGAAGAGAGUUUUGAAGACUAGAACCUUUGAGGAUGAAGAAGGAUGCAUGGUGACAGAAAAGACUUAUGAAAGUGAAUCCUGCACAGACAGCGAAGAGGAGUUUAAAGUGAAGACAACAUUCUUACAGAGACCCUCCUCGGUGGCUGUGAAGAAGGAUCCCAAGGAGGAACGAAAGGGCCUCAAGAAGGGGGCAGCUGCCCCUGGCAAAGCCAACAGACAGGUGUCCAUUACAGGCUUCUUCCAGAAGAAAUAAACAGCCUCUUCCUACAGAGGCUGGCUGCUGGAGCAGGCCCUCCCAUCCCAUGUGUUCAGAUGGGCAUCCACUCUCUUGCUUGCUUACUGUGUAAGUGAGUACAUCUUGCUCCUCACCUCAGACUUAAAGGGGCAUCUCCUAGAAGGAAAGCACAAGGGCACAUUUCAAAAGCUGCUUUUCUUCUGAUUCUUCUUAUUCUAUUUAAAGCACAGCCUUUCUUCAGUCUGUAGUAGACAGGCAAUAGACUUGUUCAAGAAGUCCUUGAAUGGCUAGUGUAUCCUGGCCCACCUACCCCUGUCCCUGCUUCAUUUGUGUUCCUCUUAAUACCUGCCUUUGUAUUCUGCCUGUUUGUUUGGAGCAGCCCCUUGAACUUCAGUGGAUGAAUUCUCUCUCCUUCCUAAGCCCUCUCCUCCUCCACUGCCCUCCUCAACCCCUGUCCCCCAAAAGAAAAAGAAACAAGCCGUUUUCUUGCUGCCUUUAAAUCUUGAUUGGGCUUACUAAGCCUUAUAACAAAAACCUCCCUAUCAUUUUCUUUUCCUCCAUUAUAAAAGUAUCCUGCCACCUGGCCCAGACUUGUGUUGGGUCUCCUUCACAAAAGCCCUCUACAUCUUUGUCCCCAGUUCUUGUCUUGGGAAGGGCUCCAGGCUGAGAGCCCGAAAAUAUUUUAUGAUUGUAUUCAGCUUGGCAAAAAGGUAGUUAAAGUUAACACAGAAGAUAUUAGAUGAGUUGUCAUGCUACUGACACAGUGAGUAUGUUCUGUUGUGUUGGGUGGCUUCCUCCCCACCCCCCAAUCCUCUCUGAGCACCCAGAAAUUGAAGCCCAGCUAAGGAGGAGCCUUCUUGUGAAUCACAGGCAGGGAGGAUGAAAAAUCUUUGUUCUUCUGAAGGAAAUGCAACCUCAGUACAACUCUCUGGGGAACUACCCUGGACUGGGAAAGGUUUUAAGCCCAGAAACACAGAUGUUGUUCUUCUGGACCUUUAUUCAGCACCACUGUGUAUUUGCCCAGGAAAUUAGGGUACACAAGGAGAUAGCUGAAAGGAAAAGGUACAUACACAGUUCAAAAAAGCAAGGGAAAUUUUUUAACUUGUUCUUUUGAGGGGAAAAUCCCUUAAAACAAUCAAUAAAUCAUUUAUUGUAAUUGUAUCUUUUUUAAAAGUGAUUUCUCUUAAGGUUAAAUAGAAUGAUCUGAAAUGGACUCACCCAAGCAUGGCAAUCACUAACAAUCAGCGUUAGUGAGACAUAUACACGGUGCUAGUAGGUCAGUCUUCCCCAUCUUGAAUAACAGACCAAGGACUGGAGACGUCUGACUUGCUGCUUACAUUCUGAAAGAGGAUCGUUAAGGUGGCUGAGGUAGUAGGCAGUGUAAUCAGCUGUCUGCUAUUUAAGGUUAGGGUUAUGACUGACCCCAGGCUUCAUAAUGAGCUUCAUUAAUAACCAUCACCCAGGGCUUUCCAGCCAAAGUAGCCUCUAGGGGCUCUAUUAAGACCAGAAGUUCUCAGGGUGAAUUUUGGCUUUAUGUAUAAGGACAUUAGUAUAUUAUGGCCUGUGCAGCAAGCUGAGUAAGGGUUGGCUUAUCCCAUAACUGUUUCUUAAUGGGAAUGGGGCCUUUGUUCAGAAAGGAUGGGAAACCUGGACUCUUGAGCAAGCCUUUACAAAGAAUGUUACCUCUGAAGAGAGAAGCCUGUUGAAAUGUUUAUUUUUAUUAUUAGUGCUGAAAGUUUAUUCUAAACAGUAACAUUGAAUUAAGACCAGUAAUAGCCAUCUAAGCAUCACUGAAAAAGCUGAUCCCUGAAUUAGAGAAACUAUUAGUUGCUCUGUCUUGUAGGGAUAACACAAAUCCUGUGAUCUGUGUUACAUAUUCGAAAAGCUCCCUAAAUAUUGAGCUGUCUGCAAAGCUUUCCCUUGUAAAAACAGCUUAGCAAGUAAUCUUAGAAUGUUGGGGUUUUUUUCAAGGUAAUAUGUACCAUGUUAUUCAUAGUUUGAUAAAUCUGAGAGGUUGUUUUUUAAAAAAUGAUUUAAACUGA